AUGUUAAUUUUAACUGCAGAGAAUCUUGACGCACUUUUGCAAACAUUCACCAAGAAUUUUUGGAAGCAGAACUUUGAUAACUUUGAUAUCAUGAAUGACGAGAGUAACAAGAGUUGCAAGUUAUGGCGAGCGAGCAAAUGGAAAGCCAACUUCGAUCCGCUUCUUAUUUCUUCAUCGUUGGCAAUGGUGCUUCUCAAAUUUAAUGACAGUCCUUUCCAAGUGGACAGAUCCUAUAUGCUUGGAACAGGUGGCUGGGACAUUUAUGUUUCUGGAGUGAACGGUUUCGUGGGAAAAGAUGGCGUCACAAAGGGCGGCCUCUUUGAUGCAAAUACUGGAAAUCCAUGGUGCCAACAAGAUUGUUCCAGACUGCACCCAGCUGAAGUCACCAAAAUGAUUAAAGCUCUCGAAGCUGGCAAGCUUGACGAGCCAAUUACAUGUUCCAAGGUCAAGUUCAGCAUCGUCGCAAUCGAAAAAGACAACACUCUGAUGCAUGCACUAGGCCCUAAGAACGUUCCUAUGGUUAUGAAAAUGACUGAAGGAAAACGUGCGAUUGUAAUCGGUUUUGGCGAUGAAAAUUCGAAUCACGGGUCAAUGACGGCGGCAGUAGAACGCACGGUGGCGUACCUCAAUCCAGCUGGUUAUUAA